AUGAUGACUACACCCCAAACGUUUUCUCCACUGCUUUCCUUUUGGCCAACCGUACAACAAGAACAAAAGAAGUUGCGUGACAAUCUCGUCGGCAAGCGUCUCAAUGAGCUACGAACACCAUCCCUUGUUCUCGAUCGCUCCAUUCUCGAGCGUAAUUGUCAACGACUCGCUUCAGUACCUUCACCCGUCAAGGUGCGAGUGCAUGUGAAAUCACACAAGACGCUUGAACUCACAGAAAUGCAACUUGCUGCUGCGAAAACGGAUGCAGUUGUGGUGUCCACUUUGGCUGAGGCGCACUUUUUGGCAUCGAGUCAUCUUGUGGCACAAAACAAGAUCAAGCAACUUUUACUUGGAUUCCCUAUUAGCCCUGACAAGUUCGCCGAGGUGUUUCAGCUUGCAGAAAAAGUAGAGCGUUUCCAGGUUUUCAUUGAUCAACUUGGGACAUUGGAUGCAUUGGAUCAAUAUCAUGCAGCAACCUAUGGUCCUCAAGACACAUCUUACAAGAUUGACGUCUUCAUUAAGGUGGAUUGUGGCUACGGCCGUGCUGGUGUACCCUUGAAAAGCAACUUUGUCAAAGACGACGUCCUCGAACUCGCCAAACGACUUUCGACUUCGUCUUAUGCUACGCUAUUCGGACUUUAUACCCAUGCUGGCCAUUCAUACAAUGCUCGUAGUCCUGAAGAGGCAUUCGAAUACCUUGAAAAGGAAUGCGAGAGUGCUCGAGAAUUUCGUGAUUACUUUAUCAAAGAGGCUGGUGUUGAUAUUCCUUAUCUUUCAAUUGGAGCGACACCCACAGUAGGUGCAGUUAUCCAUCAUGGCGAGCGAGCCAAAAAGGUGUUGGAAGGAAUCAGUGAAGUACAUGCUGGUGCAUACACAUUGUUUGAUCGACAGCAAGCUGCCACAGGCCUUUGCACCCUCGAGGAUGUCGCCAUCACAGUGCUUGCACGCGUCACCAGCCUUUAUCCCGAUCGUGGUACGGUGCUUAUUGAUGGUGGUGCUUUGGCAUUUUCAAAAGACGUGUGUCCUCAAGGUGGAUUUGGCGUGUUGCAAUCCAACCAUGACAUUGUUUUGAGAUCUGUUUCCCAAGAGCAUGGAAUCCUUCAAGCUGACUCGAAAAGUGGAUUGGAGCUGGGUCAGGUCGUGCGUGUCAUUCCCAACCAUUGCUGUUUGACAUCAGCAUGCCAUAUGUAUUACUUGAUUAUAGAAGGUGGAGGUGAUACUGUAGUUGAUGUAUGGUUCCCGGUUCGUGGGUGGUGA